ACGGGGGGAAUAGGAAGCGGCCAGGCUCCUCAUAAACCGGCUCACUUUUAUUUUGACACCCACGAUCACAGGAAGCUUUUUCAUCAGUCGAGAGAAUGAUUUACAUUCAGAGCGUUUUUCGGUGCUAGUAACGAUUAAUUAUCACUUUAAUAAUGUAAUGAAAACGCAUUCGGUGUAAGGCUUCGCGUUAGUCUUAGCCCAGGUCGUGACAUUCCUUGUCUGAACAGGCCGCUGAGUUUUCAUAAGCCGAUGUAACGAAAGCAGCUGAGCGACUCAGGCAGCAGGUUAAGUGUCAUGUCAGCCGCCGGCUACUUCAUGUACUUCGCCUUCGGGAGUAACCUGCUGAAGGAGAGGCUGCAGCUCAAAAACCCCUCCGCACUCUUUCACUGCGUCGGUCGACUCAAGGGGUACGCCCUUAAAUUCGGUCUGUGGGGAGAUUAUGUGGAUUGCAGGUGGCACGGUGGAGUGGCCACGAUUGAGGAGUGUCCAGAUGAGGAUGUCUGGGGAGUCGUGUGGAAAAUGGGAGAAGACAACCUUACAAGUCUAGAUAAACAGGAGGAAGUGGAUAAGGGUGUCUACAGCCCUUUGGAGGUAAACGUGGAGACAGAAACUGGACUAAUUGUCUGUAGAACGUACAAGAUGAACAAAUUUAGACCUCGCCUUCCUUCCCCACAGUACAAAGAGGUUGUAUGUCUAGGAGCCCAACAGAACGGACUACCUCAAGAGUACAUCGAUAUGCUGCAGGCAGUGGAGACCAACAAUUAUGCUGGACCCACCAUAUUAGAUGAGAUUAAAGAUUUUAAGAAAUGAUCGUGUGGGGGGAAAAUUCACAAUGCAAAAAUAAAAGCUUCCGCAGAGCCACUGGUCCGAGUAAAUCAUGAUGCAUGGUGAUGCUGAAAGAUGGCCAGUG